AUGCGCGAGCACGAGGCAGUGGACACCAGCUCCAAGAUCACCACCAAGGACUUGAAGGAGAAACAUGAAGUUGUGGAGGAGGCAGAGAAUGGAAGAGAUGCACCUGCCAAUGGGACCACUCAAGAUCAGGAAAAUGGGGAACAGGAGGCUAACAAUGAGGUAGAUGAUGAAGAAGAGGAAGAAGGUGGGAAGGAAGAGGAGGAGAAGAAAGAAGGUGAUGGUGAGGAAGAGGAUGGAGAUGAAGAUGAGGAAGCUGAGGCUCCUACGGGCAAGCAGGUAGCUGAGGAUGAUGAGGAUGAUGAUGUUGACACCAAGAAGCAGAAGACUGAGGAGGAUGACUAGAGAGCAAA